CAGGCGGGCAGGCGAGGCAGGCGGAGCAGCGGCGGCGGCGGCGGCCUUCCAGAGCAAGCGCGGCCAUGUGGCGAAGGAAGGCCACCUUCACCGUCGGCGGGGCUGAGAGGCCGCGCCUGGCCCUCGCCGCCCUUGGCUUCCCCGAGGAGAAGGCCGGAGCUGAGCCUCCCUUCGAUGAUUCUGACUGGCCUGCCGAAUUUCGGGGUGCAAAUGGUUCCCAGAAAUUAAUGAACAUCAAGUCCUCCUUUGCCAAUCAGCUCCUGCUGGUUUCUCUGCUGGAGCAUCUUUGCCACGUCUACGCUCAAGAUCGGACGUGUUCGAGACGAUUGUUUCAACUACUCUGUAAAACAUUUACUGAGAUGGGCUUGCUUUCCGAUUUUGCCAUCUGUGAAGAAUUCAGCAGUUUGCGACUGCAGCAUAAUCGAGCCAUUACUGAACUAAUGAAAGCAGCGGAGAAGCAAAUACGCAAUGAGGAAGUUGGUCAUGGUGAUUCCUACAGAAACAAGGAGAACGAAAUCCUUUUUGAAGCACAGACAUCCCGUUACGUUAACGAAUUUGAUGAGAUUUCGAAGCUUGGGAAAGGAGGGUAUGGAACAGUAUAUAAGGUCAAAAAUAAACUUGACGGUCAAUUCUACGCGAUUAAAAAAAUCCUGAUUAAGAAAGCCACCAAACGAGACUGCAUGAAGGUCCUACGGGAAGUGAAAGUCUUGGCUCAGUUGCAGCAUCCUAACAUUGUUGGUUACCACACGGCUUGGAUGGAACAUGUUCAACCAGCAUGUCCAAAAGGUGGCUUAGUCUUAGAUCUUCCAUCUCUCAAAAUAUCUUCGGAGCCAGGAAAUUCUGAGGACCAGAGUUGCAUUCAAGAAAUGGAAGGCAGUUCCAUCAUCUUUGCCAAUCAGACUCCGGAGGAUUCUUUCGGCAGAAAUGCUAAAGGAAGCAAAGGGAAUUCUUGCACGCUUCCUCCUGGGACAUACGGCGGCAGCAGUGACAAUGACACAAGCAACAAAUCGAGGGACAACGGAAAUCAGGCCUCGCUCUUACGUUGCUGCGAUGAAAAUGGGGGCCACGCCAAUGCGAAUGAUUCUUACAGUGAUGAAGACUCAAAAGUGGAGAUACCUUCACCCCAGUCUUGUACGACCGAAUAUCACCUCAUGCUUCACAUACAAAUGCAACUGUGCGAAACCUCCUUGUGCGACUGGAUUAGCACCAGGAAUGACGUAUGUCUGACAGCCAGGGAUGCCUCUAAUCCUUAUCAUCAUAUCGAGAAACAUUGGACCUUAAAGAUUUUCCAGGAGCUGCUAGAAGGAGUGUACUAUAUCCACACUAACGGAGUCAUGCACCGGGACAUUAAAGUAAGUAAAAUACUCCUUCAAAGCUAUACUAG